GACAGUUCACAAGCUUACAGUAACCUUGAUCAAGGGUCCAGGAUACAGUCCUUGGCAACAUAAGCCGUAAAAAAACAGUGGGGAAUUAAAAUCCAACAAUGAAGAAUUGAAGAAACAUAAGGAUCUCUGUCAGGUCCACAGACCACGUGACCUAGAAAAGCAAAACAAAGAGGGAAAAAAUCAAUAUAAAGCCAACAACCUUCUGCCAAAUUAGCCACAAAAAGGCUAGCCUCCCAAAUGCAUUUCAAAUAUUUUAUUCGCAUUGAUUAUGAUAUAGCUAUCAACCAGUAUUUGACAUGUGUCUUCAACUAUCACUAAAGAACAGCUUUGAUCUCUGGAAUUGUUGUUAAAGAGUAUAAAUUAGAGAUUGAUUUGGCUUCAGCUUAUUGUCUGCUGCUAAUGGAACUUGGUCGUGGAUUAUUAUUCAUUUGGAUUUUGGCAAUUCUUUCCUUUCAUCAUUGUUCAAGCAAUGCAAAUGCAAGAUAUCAUUACCACAAGAAGCAUAAACCCAAAGGCUCCCCUGGGAAGUCACCUGUUCAUGUCCCUGCUCCUCCCAAAAACCCUGACCCUCCAUCUAUUCCUUCAGACCCUUAUCCCAAUGAUCCCGGGGAUCCAACAGGCAGCAUCUUCGACGUCACUUCUUACGGUGCGGUGGGGGACGGUUGUUCAGAUGACACUGCAGCAUUCAUGGAAGCAUGGAAAGCUGCUUGUGCAGUAGAAUCAGCCACUGUUUUGGUUCCUUCAGAUAAAGUUUUCAUGAUCACUUCCACUAUCUUCCCAGGGCCAUGCAAACCUGGACUUGCCCUUCAAGUUGAUGGGGUCCUAAUGCCACCGGAUGGACCUGAUUGCUGGCCAAAAGCAGAUAGCCGUCAGCAAUGGCUUGUGUUUUAUAGACUUAAUGAUAUGAAACUCACUGGGAAUGGUGUCAUUGAAGGAAAUGGACAGAAGUGGUGGGAUCUCCCUUGCAAACCUCACAGGGGUCCAAAUGGUUCAACUCUGCCAGGACCUUGUGACAGCCCUACUAUGAUCAGGUUCUUUAUGAGCUCCAAUUUAGUAGUCAGUGGCAUAAAGAUCCAAAACAGUCCUCAGUUUCAUAUGAAAUUCGAUGGGUGCGAAGGGGUUUUGAUAGAAAAACUAUUGAUAUCAACCCCUAAACUUAGCCCGAACACCGAUGGAAUCCACAUUGGAAACACAAAAUCUGUUGGCAUAUACAAUUCAAUGAUAAGCAACGGAGAUGAUUGCAUUUCGAUCGGUCCAGGAUGCUCUGAUGUGCACAUUGAAGGUGUUACUUGUGGUCCAAGUCACGGGAUCAGCAUUGGGAGCCUUGGGGUGCAUAAUUCGCAGGCAUGUGUUUCGAACAUAACCGUUCGAAACACGGUGAUAAGAGAAUCAGACAAUGGGGUAAGGAUCAAGACAUGGCAAGGGGGCACAGGUUCUGUAUCAGGCAUAUCAUUUGAGAACAUCCAGAUGGAGAAUGUUAGAAACUGCAUAAACAUAGACCAAUACUACUGUUUGCAAAAGGCAUGCCUAAACCAAACAUCUGCUGUUUAUGUAAGAGAUGUGCAAUAUAGGAACAUUAAAGGCAGCUAUGACGUGAGAAAUACUCCGAUCCAUUUCGCUUGCAGCGACACAGUGGCUUGCACGAACAUAACAAUGGCAGAUGUCGAGCUUAUGCCACACGAAGGUGAAUUAAUGGAGGAACCAUUUUGUUGGAAUGCUUAUGGAAUUGAAGAGACAUUAAGUAUACCCCCCAUUGGUUGCUUACUGAAAGGGAUGCCCCAUGCCAUAACAGAGAGUUCUCAGUAUAGUUGCUCAAAUGAGAAUGGUAGAUUUUAGUGUUUUAUAUAUAUUAAUAUUAAUGAUUGCAUAGUACAAUUUAUAUAGAAAGAGGCCGAGGGGGAGAGAUGACAUAGCACAAUCAUCUGAAUAUGUAUUAUAUAAUUGGUUUGUUUUGUGGUGUUGGUUUAGGCUUCUUUCAUCCCUUUAAGGGGGUUAUUUAUCCCUUAGCGUGUGAUGAGAUGAGAUGUGCUGGUUUGUAUACCAAGUUGGGCCUACAGUGUUUUAUCCUUUAAAGUUUAAAUCCUUACAUAGAAGUAUUUAUUCUUAUUGAUAUUAA